GCAUCGUCUGUUGAAAAUGACGCCGCGAGACUCAAGAGAAGGGUUGUAGUGAUAUCCAGGCCGGAUGUCAAUGUCACCACAAGAGGAGGCGGAAGAAUGUGUUGCGAGGUGGGAAUAUAGAAAGCGUUUUCCCCAUCUCAAGAUUCGCAUGGCACUUGGCCUCCCUUUUCGGUGCUCGCUCGGCAAGUUGAAGGGGGCCAUGGAGACUUGGAGUUGCUGAGGCAAGUCAAGAUUGGGUAAGCGGCUCUUCUUCUCUGAUGGUUCCGCCCGACCUCUGGCCAAGUAAACCGGACAACAUCUCUCCCCUCGUGUCGUCUUGUCAACAGUCGCUCUAUCACCUCACGUUGCCUACCUUCUGUCGAAACCGGCGAGCAGCAACAGCACCACUUACCGAUCACAUAUUUCUUCCUGCCCUGCAUCAUCAGUUAUCAGAAAACCAACCCCAAGAGGCCGCCGACGAUGCUGCCACUGACGUUGGACGUUCACUUCUGCACCGGGCCCCCGAUGUCUUGGUUCAAAAGCAGGCCGGCCGUGUCUCGGACCCAUCAAAAACAGGGAGACUGAAAACCUCCACUGCAAGUCUGGUCUGUCUGCGCGGGUGCGGUAGAGUCGGUACUGCAACCGCGUGCCGCACUGCAUUGCACACUCUCACACACACGCCUCAAUGUGUGCGAGUGUUGUGUAUUCACGUCAGCUUCCGCUGCCUACGCAUGUCUCACCAAUGCUUCCCAUUCAAGCCGUUCACCGUCCCGCCCAGCCGUUUUCUAAUUCGUCUGUCGUUUCGACUCGGGGGGCCUUGUCUUGGACUUGUUCAUGUCUCUUGCCAACCGCAUCCUUCACCGCCUCACUUAUCGAAUUUGCGGAAUGGGCCGCUUAUUCAUGACGGCGAGGAGGCGUUUCCUUGCCGGCAGCAGACGCGAGAGCGAAGUUUACUGGAAGUCAAGCCACGGGGCCGACGGGAUGAGCCCCUCAUAGUAUGAUCUGAUGCAGCGAUGCUUGCCUUGCAAUCUCGACGCGUCGAAUCACAUUGCAGAGCUUCGAUUCGAUUCCCGGUUACACAAAGUUUGAAGCUCCCGAGCUCAUGCCAAGCCUCAUUGCUACCCUACCGCAAAGAGGAGGAUGGAAC